UGGAAUGUGACGGGCCGCUGUUAAGGGGCAGUCAGACGUCUCUCCCAGGAUCCCUCUGAGGCAUCUGGGUCCCAGACUCACGGCUCUCCCACCCAGCACCAUACCUAGCGCCAGACACAUGGAGAGAGGGCUCAAACUGACCAGCCGCACUGACUGACCACCCUCCAUCUCAUCCACACAGCGGGAAUGUACUGGGGCUCGCCACCUAUGGAUAAGAGCCCUUAUAUAUAACAACAAAGAGAGGGAUCUGUUGGAUGGUUUUGUCUUUUUUUGAUGGAUGUUGUUUUUGAUGGAUGUUGUUUUUGUUGUUUUUCUGAGAGGAUGACUCUGUUCUGAUUGGAUCUAAUAGUAUUACUGUAGUAAGAGCGGUUAAAUUAAAAAAUUUGGGUUCGGCCAGCUAAGGAGCAUACCUCAAACCAGUCAGGGAGCAGGGCUCCAUGGUAACCAUGAAGGUGACCGGGAGGCAGCCCGCAUCCAGACCCAACGUCCCCCUGCUCAGGGUGGCCACUCUGGGCUACCUCUCUUGCCUGCUAUUGGGCCACACGGACACGGUGCUCGUCUCCAAAACCUUCAGCAGGAUGGCCAAUCAGAGCGCUCCACUGCCACUGCCGCCACUAUCACCACGACAACCUCCUCCGCACAUCAUUUUCUUCAUGGUGGACGACCAGGGCUACAGGGACGUGGGCUACCAUGGCUCUGACAUCCGCACACCCAUGCUGGACCAGCUGGCGGCUGAGGGGGUCAAGCUGGAGAACUACUACGUCCAGCCCAUCUGUUCACCAUCCAGGAGCCAGCUGAUGACCGGGCGCUACCAGAUCCACACGGGGCUCCAGCACUCCAUCAUCCGCUCGCGCCAGCCGCUCUGUCUGCCGCCGGACGCCCCCACGCUGCCUGAGCGCCUGCAGCGGGCCGGCUACGCCACGCACAUGGUGGGCAAGUGGCACCUGGGCUUCUGCCGGCCCGAGUGCCUGCCCACGGGCCGUGGCUUCCAGAGCUUCCUGGGCUCGCUGACGGGCAGCGGCGACCACUUCACGCACCAGAGCUGCGACGGUGCAGAGGCCUGCGGCUUCGACCUGCACGACGGAGAGCGGCCCGCCUGGGAGCUGAGGGGCAACUACUCCACGCUGCUCUACACCGAGAGGGUGAAGCAGAUCCUGCGCUCGCACCCUUCCCAGAAGCCCCUGUUCCUGUACGUGGCGCUCCAGGCUCUCCACACCCCCCUGCAGGCUCCUGCCCGCCUGCUGCGGCGCCACAGCGAUCUGGGCAACCGGCCGCGCCGCCACUACGCUGCCAUGCUGACCGGCGUGGACGAGGCAGUCGGCGAGGUGGUGCGCGAGCUCCGUGCCAGCGGCCUCUACCGCAACUCCGUGCUGGUCUACUCCUCGGAUAAUGGCGGGCAGCCACUGUCCGGUGGCUGCAACUGGCCGCUGCGUGGCGGCAAGGGCUCUUACUGGGAGGGCGGCGUACGGGCCGUGGGGUUUGUCCACAGCCCACUGCUGAAGCGCCGCGGGGUGGUCAGCCGGGCGCUUAUCCACGUGUCCGACUGGUACCCGACGCUGCUCGGGCUGGCCAGAGCGGCGGGGGCGAAGGACCGGCGGCUGGACGGUCAAGACGUGUGGGGGGCCAUUAGCGAAGGCCUGCCGUGCCCGCGCAACGAGAUCCUGUUCAACAUCGACCCAGUGUCGCGUCGGGAGGGCGAACCGCACCAGCAGAGGGCACUAUGCCGGGGCAAGCUUCGCAUCUGGGGACACGGGGCGGCGGGCGCACUGCCACGGGGUGACUGGAAGCUGCUGACGGGCCCCAUGGGCGACGGAGACUGGUUCCCACCGCACACGCUGACCACCGAGGAAGAGGGGGCCGCACUGGCGCCGCCGCCCGGUUGGCAGGCCCUGGAGAAGCGGCGCGACCAGCACGCCAAAUCCGUCUGGCUCUUCAACAUCACCGCCGACCCGUACGAGCGGCGCGACCUGUCCGAGGUGCGGCCCGAAGUUGUGCGCCUGCUCAUGGGCCGCAUCGCUGAGUACAACCAAACCCGCCCGUGCCCCAAGAACCCCACCGACGACCAGCUGGUCGAAAUCAAGCUCCUCCGGUGGGUGUGGACCCCCUGGCUGGGCCGGGAGGGGGCGAGUGGAGGCAUCGCUGGGGGAAACGAGGUGGCGGCGUUGGGGGCGGCGAUGGGGGGAGGUGCCCUGGCUCUGGGUGCUUACAGGCGGGUGGCCGUCAAACACUGUAAGGUCUGCAGGCUGCGCGCGCUCUUCAAGAAGGUUGGCUUUCGUAUGCAGAGGGCCUCACUGUUCUUUUAGCCUGGGGAGAGAAGUGUGUGUGUGUGUGUGUGUGUGCGUGUUAUGGGGAGAGAAGUGUGUGUGUGUGUGUUAGUGUGCGUGUGCGUGUGGUGGGGAGGGGUGGUUGCAAAGAGGAGCCUGGAGGACUGGGGUUGCGUCACAAGACUUGCUGAAUCAUUGUGGCCUGCCCCUAUUUCUUACUGUGGCCAAUGUGGGAGGUCACUGUGUAUGUGUGUGUGUGUCUGUGUGUGUGUAAAAGGGUGUGUGAAAGUGUGUGUGAAAAAUGAUGUCUGUGUGUUUUUCUGCUGACGGCUUUCCCUCUUGUCUACAGAUGGACACACUCACAUGAUGACAUUAACAUCCCACAAUGGUUCUCUUUCUCUUUUCUUCCCUUUCUCUUUUCCUCCCUUUCUUUUCUCCCUUUCUCUUCUCUUCCCUUUCUCUUCUCUUCUUCUCGUGAUGAUGCCAUGGACGCCAUGACACACACGCACCAUCUUUCUUACUCCACGAACCUCUCACAUACUCUCCUGCUUAGAAGCUUUGCUGCUCAACAAACUAGUCCCCCCUUCCAUGACCCGGAGGCAGAUUCAUGGUGAGGCCAUGACCAACCGUCACCUGCUGACCUCAUCCUCAUUCCAUGGUUAAUGAUGAUUAACUCGCUAUAUGUUAACUGAGAAGGGAAAGGCAAUAUCGAUGCUUACUGUGUCAUUGUUUAUUUCCUUUAUUGUGCU